CCCACGAGGAGUCGUCGCCGCCGCGAGCUGAGGUCAUGUCAGGCGCGGCUAAUCUCCCAAUCACAUGACGUGUCGCUCUCAAGCGCACGCUCACGUGCCGUUAAGCUUACCUAAUCCCGUAUCCUCCACGUCGAAACACCUCACCUUCUUUGAACCUCAAAUACAUCUCACCAUGGCCACCUACCACCGCACGCCCACAGCUUUCCUCCCACCAUGAUACUUGGAAUAGCCCGCUUUAUCGCGGCGCUUUCUUUAUCUCAAUAUGCUAUCGCAGCAAUUGUUGCAGAUGUGGCGCCGGAAAUAACAAUAAUCGAAGAGGGGUAUAACGUUGUGGCUAAACUGCCCUGUCGCGGAUGCCCGUUUUUGUUCCAGGAUACGUCGAAGGGGACCCAUGAGCCGUGGUCGGAGAGGAAAGAUCAGAACGCUUUGUUGUUGAACAUCAGCCUACCCUACGACAGCACCUUCAUAGCAAUCAACAACGCCGAACUCUACUCCGGGCGGCGCAACCUCCCCCGCGUCUUCGCCAACCAAGUCGUCCACGACCUCUCCAUCGACCAGCUCUCCACCAUCCUGUCUAGCAACCAGCUCGAAGCAAGUCACGAGACCAAUCUCGGCGGCGGCUUCUUCGGCCUCUCGUACCGCCAGUCUCUCCGCGCCAUCAAGACCUCGCAGGGCGUGAAGGCCUUUCUCUUCCAAUUCGACGUCUUCGAGCUUUGGUCCGAUCUACCCGAGAAAGAGCUUAGAUUCAAAAUGGACGAUCCAGAGCAGAAGCUGCUCGAGGUGCUGCUUGUGGAAAAGCAAUUGAUAAGUGCAUUAGAGCCGGCGCCAACCUAUGAAAUCCUGUCCGCAUCUCUCGUCUCGCGCUCUCUCCACCUCGUCACCCGUCCCAGCACAUCCCAGCUCAUCAUGCACUUCCUCGACUGGGACGCCUACGGGCGCAAAGGCACGACUGCGCAUUUUCUCUCCUCCUGGACCGCUUCUUUUGUCGACUAUCUCGCGUCGGGGUUCUGGGCGCUCUUCAUGUUUAUCCUGUUUAUGAUUGCUCUUUUUGUGGUGGUGUGCUUGGUUUGCAUUUUUGGGUGGGGGUUUUGGGAGGACGAGUAUGAGAAGAGUCAGCACGGGAAAAGGAGGAGGACAAGGAGUAGAGGGGAUGUUGAGAUGGCCAAGGGGAGGUUUAGGAGUGCGGAGGAGUUGGGGUUGAUGGGAAGGGGGAGGGUGAUUGGGGUGGCGAAGAGUGAUUGAUAGAAGUGGAGAGUGGGUAGGUGGUGGAUAUUAGGAGGGAGGAAAUGCGGUUUUGAUUUCGAUUGUUGGGAUUAGAGUAGGAAAUCUAGUAUAUAUUCGAACGCUACGAAGAUGAUGUUUCGCCCCAAGUGCUGUUGCUGGAGAAGAAAGGAAAGGGGUAUCUGUGCAGGCUGUCUAGUGUUACGAGUAAAUACAGAAACAACUACCU